UUCGGAAAUCAAAGUGUCAGUCGAUUACUUUGGUUGGAAAUUGCCGUGUCCAAGUAGUACAUGUGUGUAUUAUUGCUUCUCGCUCGUACUUCUGAGUCGUUUGUAUUUUAAGAAGUACAGCUGAAGGAUGAAGCUGUUCACACAUAAUAUGUUAACUUCACAUGUAAAAGGUGUAACAAAGGGAUACCCUCUGCUUCUAAAGGCCACUGAGCUGAAAGUGAACAAUAUCGAUUUUAAUCCAGAAUUUGUUGCUCGAAUGAUUCCCAAGGUAGAAUGGAAUGUACUGGUAGAAGCUGCAGAAAGUAUAGGGCAGUUAAACGAUCUCCCGAAAGAAUUGUUACCAGACUAUGAAAAUAAUGAAGAAUUCCUACACAAGGUCCACCACGUGAUGUUGGAGGUGGAAGUGGUAGAGGGUGCAUUAAAAUGUCCAGAGUCUGGUCGUGAGUUUCCCAUCAACAAAGGAAUCCCAAACAUGUUGUUAAAUGAAGAUGAAGUCUAAAUAAACACAUUAUCUUCACAAGUGUCUUCUGUACUAUUUUGAAAGUUACAGCAUGGAAAUAAUUUUGUGGUGUAAAAUGUCAUGUGCCCUUAAUGAGUUGCUUUCUGGUUCCUUGCCAAAAAAUGCUCAUUGAAAGAACUGUUAAAGGAUCCAUUAUCUUAUGUUUAUUGUGUUUUCUCAAUCAUUUCCAACAACCUUUGGGAAAUUGAUAUUUAAUUUAAUAUAAUCACAUAGAUUGUGAAAACAUUUAUAUUUUUUUUAUUUUGUUUUGUUUGUAGUUUGGAGGAUCUUUUCGCCACAGUACUUACAACUCAAUGUGGUUUCCUUUGGUUUAUGACCGACUGCAAGAUGCUAAUGCACGGAUUUGCAGUGUUUUUUUUUUUUUUCUUUGGGCCAAGGACAUGUAACUUGCAGCCCUCUCUUAGGCCUGUUUGUGUAGUUCAUAGAACUUGCAUUAUUUUUUUGCCAGUAGACUAUAACAUUGGAUCACAAUCCUGUUUGUGAUAUUAUGGAGUAGCAUGAUGUAUGCAGGAAAUAAAAUAUUAAAAUUUAUGUAUUAUGUUUACAAAUAUUUGAUAACAUGUAUUUUCUCCCUUCAAACAAUUUGUAUCAUCCUUUUGUUCCACCUUCUCUCCAGCACCAAAAUUUGUUGUAGUAAUUUUUGUUUAUACCUGACUUUAUUAAACCAAAAUAAAUCACUGACAUCCUAGACAGACUCUUAAA